CAAUUAACAAAACCUAUAAUUAAUCCUGUGAAUUAAGUAUCGCAUACACGUCGUGGGUGAAAAUCAACAGUUAUAAAAGCAUUACUUGCGAGAAAAUGUAAACAGAAAGUAUUUACACUUCAAGAGAAUAGACGCGCUCUUACAGAAAUAUUAACACAAAUUGUUGCACUGUGAGACCGUAAAAAGUGAACUUUUAAAUAUUAGAAAUUAUAUUUCUUAGGAAAAUUUAUUUGGAAGUGAAAGUUUUGCUGAAGUGGUGACGAACUACUAAGAAUAGUCCAAAUUGAAAAUUACUCUGCAUUUUUCCGAAAGAUUAUUAAAAAAAAGUUUCAUUUCAAGCCGCCAGCGGAGAAAACGGAUAUGCGCACGAUCACCGAUUUGUUAUAUGGACGUGGCGCUGCGAAAUUUGAGUCCAAUGAGUCGUUUCAGCCUAUAUUUCAAAGCUGGUCAAUGAUUGGUAUCACAACUCUAAAAUCGAAUCGGACGCGCGAUGUGCUGCACAUGUGUUUCUGCUGGUUUUGCAUACUCCUGAGCCCGUUUUCCUUCUACAUGGGUUACGUGCAGACAUUACGAACAAAGCCCAUAACGGAUCAACUUAGCCUUUUGCAGGCAAUAUUCAAUGUUACCGGCCUGCCACUCAAGGCCAUUUUCAUUAAAAUAUCCCAGACACAUUUGCGAACCACCGAAGCGAUUUUUGUGCGUUUGGAUGAGCGCUGUCAGAGCGCCGAGAGUCGUGAACAGAUCAAAAAAUGUGUUGUACUCAGCGCGCGGAUCUUCACCGUCGUCGGAAGCGUGUAUCAUUUAUAUGGCAGCACCACGAUUCUCCAAGCGUUUUUCACCGAUAAUUAUCCACUUCAAACAUGGCUGCCAUUCACCGAUUAUAUCCCUCAGCCAACCAUAAAAUAUUAUUCGCAUUUCAUGUUCGAGGUAUUUCACAUAUAUUUUCUCUUAACGGUGCAAUUCACGAAUGACGUAUUCCCGGCAAUUUAUAUACGGAAUUUACGCACACACAUGAAUUUGCUGACGGAGCGCGUUAGUCGCUUGGGCAGUAAUCCGGAGUUCACUGAUGACCAGAAUUUUAAUGAAUUAGUAGACUGCAUAGCUACGCAUCAGGACUUGUUGGUGGUGAAAGAUAUCGUUGAAUCCGUUUGUUCGGUAACAGUGUUUAUUGAAUUUGUUGCUGUUGCCACAGCUCACUGCAUUUGUAUGCUGAAUUUUUUCGUAUUUGCCGAUCGGUUCCAGCAGAUGGUAAUUCUUUCGUAUUAUUUGGGCGUUAUAAUGCAGAUUAUGCCUGUGUGCUACCAAGCAUCGAUGAUAAUGGAGGACAGUGCCAAGUUGCCCGAUGCCAUUUUCCAUUGCAAUUGGCUGGCCAUGGACAAGCGCAGCCGCAAGCUCAUCAUCUACUUCAUUCAUCGUGCGCAGGAGAACAUGACCUUCGUCGCACUUAAACUCUUCAAAAUCGAUAUGACAACUAACUUGUCGAUUGUCAAAUUUGCUUUUACAUUGUACACUUUUAUGAACAACAUGGGAUUUGGGCAGAAUAUGAAGGAGUUAUUGGAAUAAAUAUGAGUGCAAACUAACCAUAUUCGACGUCGUCAAGUGGAGCUCGGAGUUAUGAUUAUGCUCACACCUCGAACAAGUUUAUAUUCAUAAUAGAUUGCUUAAUUGCACUUUGAAACAGAUUUAAAAAAUAGUAGAUGGCUUGUAGAGCUGUCUUUUUCAACAUUAUUUUUAUUAUAAUAUGCAAUUAUUUUUUGCAUAUUUAUUGCACUUAGAACCGUAGAACGCAAUGAAAGGUUAACAAUAAAUACACUUGAGUAGUACUCGCAUAUCGCAUAUCUCAAGUGUACUCUACUCAAAUGAAAGCUGGCGGGAAA